AUGUCAAUAAUGCAAUAUAACGGUGGCUCCGUGAUAGCCAUGGUUGGGAAGGACUGUGUCGCCAUUGCUUCUGACUUGCGUCUGGGAAAUCAAGCUCUUGGAAUCUCGUCCAACUUUCAAAAGAUAUUCUCUGUGACCGAUCGAAUCUAUCUGGGCUUGCCCGGAUUAGCUACAGAUGUAACGACGCUACGAGAGCUAUUCCGUUAUCGAGUCAAUAUGUACACUAUCAAAGAAGAACGCGAAAUACAGCCGGAAACUUUUGCCCACCUGGUCUCCUCAACACUCUACGAACACCGAUUCGGCCCUUACUUUAUUGAGCCUGUCAUGGCUGGACUCUCUAAAACACCUUCCGGCUCUUUCAAACCAUUCAUUGCUGCCACAGAUCUGAUCGGAUGUUUAAACUUUGCAAAGGAUUUCGUGGUAGCAGGCACGGCUAGUGAAAAACUAUAUGGUGUUGCUGAGGGGUUGUGGGAGUCAGAUCUGGAGCCAGAAGACCUUUUUGAGACGAUAUCACAGACGAUGUUAAAUGCGGUAGAUCGGGAUGCAUAUUCGGGCUGGGGGGUGGUGGUGCAUGUUAUCACGAAGGAUAAAGUAGUUACUCGUACACUCAAAGGUAGAAUGGAUUAG